CAGGUAUAAUAUCAAUAAAACAAACUGAAUUGAAUUAUUAGUAGAUAAAUUUUUUAUAUUUAUGUGUGGUAAAUCAAGUUCUUGCAUUUAUUGAAUAUGUCAAAUAGAUUUUGUUUAUUCGCAUUUGUCAAUUGAAUUAUGUCUGCUCGAAAUUACUUGUCUGCAAGAGAGAAAAGUAACAUUAGAGGAGAUUGUUUACCGUAUAUUAACCAUCCGAAAUUUUCUCGUCGUUCGGAGCUGCCUGUACUCUCUGCAAAUGAAUACAAUUUAGUAAAUAGAAAUUUAGUUUAUUCAUACAACCAACAGUUUGCUGGAGAUAGCUUAGAGCGGUCAGGCACCCCCUUUUCAGAUUUCUUUUCUGAGAGCGAAACUGGAACACCAGACUUUCAAAGCGAAGAGAGUGACAGUAGUGCAGGGUCAGUGUUGAAGAGAAAUACCGCUGAAGCGACGAAAACUUUAGCUGACGAGUGGGACCGCAUUGAAAGGACGCUAUACGAUGAGGAAGGCGAGAAGUGCACCCGUCCACAGAUUGUUGAGGAGUGUAAACAAUGGCAACAGUUGCAUCCACAAUUUAGGUAA